UCCUUGCGUAACCCACCCGUCUUGGCCGGCGUUAUGUAAGCAGCCCCGUGGGGCGAGGAACCGGCGCCGCGCCCGCCGCCACCGCAGCCCGUGGGGAAGGAGGGGUUUGUUAUCCUGGAACCCAAGGGUUCCCUUCCUCCUGUAGGCAGCAUGCUGCAUCGCACCAUUCACCUUUUCCGGAAGGAGCUGCGGCUCCACGACAACCCAGUGCUGCUGGCUGCCCUGGAGUCCUCAGAGGCCCUGUACCCCGUGUACAUCCUGGACAGAGCAUUCCUGACCUCCUCCAUGCACAUCGGGGCCCUGCGCUGGCACUUCCUGCUCCAGUCCCUUGAGGAUCUCCACAAAAACUUGGGCCAGAUGGGCUCCUGCUUGCUGGUUAUUCAAGGGGAGUAUGAGACUGUUCUUAGGGAUCACAUCCAGAAGUGGAAUAUCACGCAGGUGACGCUGGAUGCAGAGAUGGAGCCGUUUUACAAGGAGAUGGAGGCCAACAUCCGGCGCCUGGGGGCAGAGCUGGGCUUCGAGGUGCUUUCCCUGGUGGGCCACAGCCUGUACAAUACCCAGCGGAUUUUGGACAUAAAUGGUGGGAGUCCCCCAUUAACUUACAAGAGGUUCCUUCACAUUCUGUCUCUGCUUGGUGACCCUGAGAUGCCUGUCCGAAACCUCACAGCUGAAGACUUCCAGAGAUGUAGGGCCCCUGACCCAAGCCUGGCUGAGUGUUACAGAGUGCCUCUCCCUGUGGAUUUGAAGAUUUCCCCAGAGAGCCUUUCCCCUUGGAGAGGAGGGGAGACUGAAGGGCUGCAGCGCCUGGAGCAACACUUGAGUGACCAGGGCUGGGUGACAAGUUUUGCUAAACCAAGGACAAUCCCAAACUCGCUGUUUCCAAGCACCACAGGCCUGAGCCCAUAUUUCAGUAUGGGCUGUCUGUCAGUUCGGACAUUUUUUUAUAGGUUGUCAAACAUUUAUGCUCAGGCAAAGCACCACUCUCUGCCCCCAGUGUCACUCCAAGGGCAGCUGUUGUGGAGGGAAUUUUUCUAUACAGUAGCAUCAGCAACCCCCAACUUCACCCAGAUGUCUGGAAACCCCAUCUGCCUCCAGAUCUGCUGGUACAAGGACGCAGAGAGGCUCCACAAAUGGAAAACGGCACAGACAGGGUUCCCGUGGAUCGAUGCCAUCAUGACCCAGCUGCGCCAGGAGGGCUGGAUCCAUCACCUGGCUCGGCACGCUGUCGCCUGCUUCCUGACACGGGGGGACCUCUGGAUCAGCUGGGAAGAGGGAAUGAAGGUGUUUGAAGAGCUGCUUUUAGAUGCUGACUACAGCAUCAAUGCUGGGAACUGGAUGUGGCUGUCAGCCAGCGCCUUCUUCCACCAGUACACACGGAUCUUCUGCCCUGUCCGCUUUGGGAAGCGCACAGACCCCCAGGGUGACUACAUCAGGAAAUACUUGCCUAUACUAAAGAACUUUCCCUCCAAGUACAUCUACGAGCCCUGGACCGCAUCUGAAGAAGAGCAGAAGCAAGCAGGAUGUAUCAUAGGUCAGGACUACCCCUUCCCCAUGGUGAACCACAAGGAAGCCAGUGACCACAACCUGCAGUUGAUGAAACAGGUCAGAGAGGAGCAGCACAGAACAGCCCAGCUCACGAGAGAUGAUGCAGAUGACCCCAUGGAAAUAAAGGUAAAACGUGACCGUUCUGAAGAAAACAUUUCAAAAGGAAAAGCGGCCAGAAUGAGAGAAUAAACCAAAAUUCCCUCAAGGGUCACCUGCUGGGUACUGAGAAAAGUCAAGAGGGGAGAGCCAGGGGUCAGCUGAGCUGGCCAAAGCACUGUCCUCCAUACUUGGCCCUGCUAAUGGUGCCUCUUGUUUGUGACCUGACCUUAGGAGACCUGUUGGAUCUUGAGAGGUUUUACUGCAGUUUUGGAUGGAAUUGUUUAUUUCUGAGUUGCUUCUGGACCAUUUGUUGAAGCUGUUGGCUGAACGCAAGAUGUGUUUCAUGCACCUGUAUAAAUAGAUUUUGUGUCUCAACGUCAUAAGACUGUGUGCACAUUAAUGUGGUUGCACAUUAAUGUUAGGACCCUUGAUUUGCUUGCCUUAUAGAGAUGGACUCUUAGGGAUGUUCAGAUUAUUUAAGUUCCCAGUUUGUGAUUGUAGUCCCCAGUUUGGGGAGACAGAGCAGAGUGCAGCCCCUUGUACCUUGUGUAGUUUUAAAGUCAUAAGCAGGAAUUAUUAUGCAUUUUAAGGACAACAUUGAAAAUAUCUCACCAAAUUAGGCCUAAUACACAACUUUAUCACCAUAAUUGUCUUCCUUGGCUGACUAGAACUGCAGGGUAGAGAUCAAUUCUAUCAUGUACCACAUGGAAAAAAUUUCCCCUCCCAUGGAAAUGUACUGUUGUGAAGUUUGACAAGGCUGGAUUAGUCAAUUAUGGUUGUUGGUGGGGAGUGCAGUGGGGUU